GAAUUACUAUUAUUUGCGAAAAGCCAAAAACACCAACCAAAUCAAACUUGUGAGAAAUCCAUCUCUUUUUUGGCGUUAGGGUUUUUAAUCUCCGAUGGAUUCCGAUGUAACCAUGGUCCCGGCCGGCGAAACCUCAACUAUUCCGGCUGGACCUUCAUCUUCUUCGAAGAAACCUAAAAGGUUUGAAAUAAAAAAGUGGAACGCUGUUGCUCUUUGGGCUUGGGAUAUUGUUGUCGAUAAUUGUGCUAUCUGCAGAAACCAUAUCAUGGAUCUCUGUAUUGAAUGCCAAGCUAAUCAGGCCAGUGCUACUAGUGAGGAGUGUACUGUGGCAUGGGGUGUCUGCAACCAUGCUUUUCACUUUCAUUGCAUCAGUCGUUGGCUAAAGACCCGCCAAGUUUGCCCACUAGACAACAGCGAGUGGGAGUUCCAAAAGUAUGGUCAUUAGAGAGCUUGACAUGGCCACGGGUAGAAGUGAAGUUGCAAGUUACUGGAAGGGAACACACAUUAAGCUCUGUUGCUUAUCUUGUACUAUCAUUCUAACUUGCUAUGAUACAUGGUUUUGAACUAGUAAAACGAGCAUGUGUGCAGUUUCUUGAACCAUAUUUUCAGUACAAAUGAACCUUCUUGGCUUUUGUUUUUUGGGUGUA